GACAACCAUUAAAAGGCUGAAAUAAAUAGUCUGAACCAGUGAUGAACCAUUAAGAGGUCCCCUACCAAAAUUUACAAAAAUACAGCAAACAAUUGCAGAUCCACCCCCAACCAACUGAAAGAUUGGGUUUCUUUCAUACACUCCCGGCGCAGCAGAAUCAUCAAAGUCCAUUUCGGAUCUCCCGGCAAGACCCUAGUGCCGGUUUCUUUUCACCCCCAUGGUCUCCGUCUGUUGAUAUUCGAAGCUCACACAUCGAUCCAAGAUGUACAUGGCAUACGGAUGGCCGCAGGUCAUCCCUCUGAUGCCCGGUUCAUGCCCGUCUUCUCAGCAAAUUGUGUACCUCAAGGUCACCAAUGGCUUAUUGCUUGUGGUUUCGCCAAUUCACAUCGAGCUCUGGUCUUCUUCUCAGUAUAGGGUGAGAUUGGCGAAGUACAAGAGAAGUUCAGAUUCAAUUCGCAGUGAAGGAGAGAAUAUUCAGGCUGUUUGGAGCCCUGAUACCAAAUUGGUUGCUGUUCUCACCUCAUCUUUGCAUCUCCAAAUAUUUAAGGUUCAGUUUACAGAAAAGAAGAUACAAAUUGGAGGGAAACAACCAUCUGGUUUGUUUCUAGCAAACAUAGGUUUACUUCUUAACGAGCAGGUGCCAUUUGCUCACGAGAAUUUGACAGUGAGCAAUAUUGUCUCUGAUAACAAACAUAUGCUUGUUGGACUCUCUAAUGGUUCGUUGUACAAUAUUUCCUGGAAGGGUGAGUUUUGUGGAGCCGUUAACAUUGAUGUUCAGUUUUGCGACGGUAGUGGGGCUACCAAACAUUCGAAUAACAUGGAAAAUGAUUUUGCUUCAACUGGAGCAGAAAUCGAUAAUGCUCCUAGUAUUUGCAAGUCUCAACCAUCCGCUGUAUCCCACCUGGAAUAUUCCCAACCCUUAAGAUUGCUGUUUGCUCUAUUUUCUGAUGGGCAACUCAUCGCAUGUUCUGUAAGCAAGAAGGGCUUUAGAAUGGCCGAGCAUGUCAAAGCUGAAAAGAGAUUGGGCUCUGGUGAUGCUGUUUGUGCCUCUGUUGCUUCAGAACAACAAAUUCUUGCCGUUGGUUGCAAAAGUGGCGUUGUUGAGCUGUAUGAUCUUGCAGAAUCCACUUCACUGAUACGUUCUAUUUCUUUGUAUGACUGGGGAUAUUCCGUUGAAGAUACUGGUGCUGUGAAUUGUAUUGCUUGGACCGCUGACAAUUCUGCUUUUGCAGUUGGGUGGAAGUUAAGAGGGCUUUCUGUUUGGUCAGUUUCUGGUUGUCGAUUGAUGUGUACAACCCGUCAAGCUGGAUUAAAUUCAAUAUCUUCCCCUGCAAUUAAACCUAACCAGGAAUGUAAAUAUGAACCUAUGAUGACUGGCACCUCACUGGUGCACUGGGAUGAACAUGGUUAUAGGCUUUAUGCUGUUGAGGAGGGUUCUUCAGAGAGAGUUAUUGCAUUUUCUUUUGGAAAGUGCUGUCUCAACAGAGGAGUUUCUGGGACAACUUAUGCUCGACAAGUAAUAUAUGGUGAAGAUAGGUUGCUUGUUGUCCAGUCAGAAGAUACUGAUGAACUUAAAAUCUUGCAUAUUAACCUUCCAGUUUCAUAUAUUUCCCAGAAUUGGCCCAUUUUACAUGUGGCUGCUAGCAAAGAUGGGAUGUACUUGGCAAUUGCUGGCCUUCAUGGGUUGAUCUUAUAUGAUAUAUGUCAUAAAAAAUGGCGGUUUUUUGGAGAUAUUAGCCAGGAGCAACAUAUUCAGUGUAGGGGCUUGUUAUGGAUGGGGAAAAUUGUUGUUGUUUGCAACUAUGAUGAUUCUUCCAAUGGGUAUGAGCUGCUUUUUUACCCAAGGUACCACCUGGACAAGAGUUCACUUCUUUGUCGGAAACCUCUGCUGGCAAAACCAAUGGUGAUGGAUAUUUAUCAAGAAUAUAUACUUGUCACUUACUGCCCUUUUGAUGUCCACAUUUAUCAUGUGAAACUGUUUGGUGAAUUGACCCCUUUAAGCUCUCCAGAUUUACAGCUUUCUACAGUCCGAGAGCUUUCAAUCAUGACUGCAAAGUGCCACCCUGCAGCAAUGCAUUUCUUACCCGAACAGCUUCCUAGGAAAACUUUAACAGACGAUGCUAUAUCUUCACCUGACAAAUUAGUGAGAGAGCCUGCUAGAUGCUUGAUUCUAAGGACAAAUGGAGAGCUUUCACUCCUUGAUUUGGAUGAGGGGAGGGAAAGAGAGCUCACUGACUCAGUGGAGUUGUUCUGGGUUACAUGCGGUCAAUCAGAGGAGAAAACUACCCUGAUUGAGGAAGUUUCAUGGCUGGAUUAUGGCCACCGAGGAAUGCAGGUUUGGUAUCCAUCUCCAGGUCUCAACUCUUUUAAGCAAGAAGACUUCUUGCAGUUGGACCCUGAAUUGGAGUUUGAUCGCGAGGUUUAUCCUCUUGGUCUACUGCCGCAUGCUGGAGUUGUGGUUGGCGUUUCACAGAGAAUGUCAUUUUCUGCGAGCACAGAGUUUCCUUGUUUUGAGCCAUCCCCCCAAGCUCAGACUAUAUUGCAUUGCUUGCUAAGGCAUCUUUUGCAGAGAGACAAGGAUGAACAAGCACUAAGAUUGGCUCAAUUAUCAGCAGGAAAACCACAUUUUCCUCAUUACCUUGAGUGGCUUCUUUUUACAGUUUUUGAGGCUGAAAUUUCUGGAAAAAGCUCAAGAAACAACGUAACUACAUUAUCUAGUCACGGCACCAUCACUUCUCUUCUGGAUAAGACAUGUGAUCUGAUCAGAAAUUUUCCAGAGUACUGGGAUGUGGUUGUUAGUGUUGCAAGAAAAACCGAUGGCCGACAUUGGGCAGAUUUGUUUGCUGCUGCAGGGCGAUCAACUGAGUUAUUUGAGGAAUGCUUUCAAAGGAGAUGGUACCGAACCGCUGCCUGCUAUAUACUUGUAAUUGCAAAGCUUGAAGGUCCUGCUGUGAGUCAAUAUUGUGCACUACGUUUGUUGCAGGCAACACUCGAUGAGUCCUUGUAUGAGCUGGCUGGGGAGCUGGUGAGGUUUCUUCUCAGAUCGGGAAGAGAAUAUGAACCUACACCUGUGAAUUCUGAGAAGUUAUCUCCUCGAUUCUUUGGAUAUUUUCUGUUUCCUUCAAGUUAUCAGAGGCAAUCUUUUGACCCAAAAGGCCCAUUCAAGGAUCAAAAUGCACAUGUUGCUUCUGUUAAGAAUAUUUUAGAGAGUCAUGCAAGCCUUUUGAUGUCUGGGAAGGAACUCUCGAAGCUUGUUGCAUUUGCAAAAGGCACACAAUUUGACCUUGUGGACUAUUUGCGGCGAGAGAGAUAUGGAUCUGCUCGCUUAGAGAAUUUUGCCUUGGCAUUUGAACUCAUUGGACAGAAGCUUCAAAUGGGGACACUGCAAAGUCGAUUGGAUGCAGAAUUCCUUUUGGCUCAGAUGUGCUCUGUCAAAUUCAAAGAAUGGAUCGUUGUCCUGGCCACACUAUUGAGGAGAUCUGAGGUUUUGUUUGAUCUCUUUCGACAUGAUUUGCGUUUAUGGGAGGCAUAUAGCAUUACAUUGCAGUCACACCCGGCAUUCACUGAAUACCAUGAUUUGCUAGCAUCCUUGGAGGAGAAGCUUUCAUAUCCCUCUAAUUCAGAAAAUAUAUGAGCCAUGGAGAUGCGGAAAAAGCCUUGUUUCUCUUAAGAUCCGGAUCAUUGUCUUUCUACCAUGAACAGGUUGUACUCUAGAUCUGCUGUAAAGUAGCUAUCUGCUUUGUUUGCAUUAUAGUGUUUGGUCACGGAAUGCAAAAACUUUAAAUUGUGAAACACUGCUUUUAGCAGCGUGUUGGUGGCCAAAAUGCUGAUAUACAAACCCGGAGUGUGACACGAGAGAAACACAUUAAACAUAAUAGGAAAUAUGAUGUGAGGUUUAUGUUUAUAAUUCACAAUUUUUUUUUGCAGAAAUAAUUUAAAUUGUAGAUAGGCGUAGUGAUGCUGUUUUUUUUCUUCAAAUCUUUUCAUUCCCAAUCAUUUUUUGUUCCUGUCAUGGUUUGUCACUUGUGGUUUGAGUCAUUAUUUGUAAAGUUACAGUUUACACUUUUGUUUU